GGGUCUUUCUGUUGUUCUUCCUGAAGUUAGUUCGGAGUUUAUUUUUAUUUUUUAGGAAGCCGAGCAGGGCUGAGCGUGCAGAUUGUGGCGUGUGCCGGCGACAGUGAGUGUCGGGCUUCUCGACAUGACAUUGUUUCUGUUUUUUUUCUGUGACGGCGGUGCUUCAGUGAGCGGCUUGUGCUUGUGCAUCCCGAGUUAAAACGCGCUGUGUCGCGUCUUGCCGUUCAGAACCGGAGGCAUCGGCUCUCCCCGGUAUUAAAGAGACUUGCGAGGCCAGUUCCCCAGUUGGACAUCCGAGCCCACACCUGAGUCCGGGGCUGUCACCAUGGGAGUCCAAGGGCUUACAAGUUACAUCGAGGGCAAGAGGGAGUUCUUCACGGACUUGAAGCUAAGAAACACGAGAAUUGUUAUCGACGGGAACGGCUUGUACUUCCGGCUUUAUUUUACUUCGGGUCUGGACAAGCAGCGCGGCGGAGACUACGACAGCUUUGCAGAGCUCGCCCGGCGCUUUUUCGAAGCCCUGUCAGCCUGCAGUAUAAGGCCCUUUGUCGUGCUUGACGGUGGCAUUGACUACACGGACAAGAAGUUCGGGACCUUAAAGCAGCGCGCCCAGAGCCGAAUCAGGGAGUCCCAUGCCCUGUCCCGGGGGUUGCACGGCUCCGUGCUGCCGCUUCUGACCAAGGAGGUGUUCAAGCAGGUGCUCUCCAGACUGCAGGUGCCGUAUGUCCAGUGUGUGGCAGAGGCAGACUGGGAGAUAGCUUGCUUGGCCAACCAGUGGAGCUGCUCGGUAUUGGCCAGCGACAGUGACUUCUGCAUCUUCGACUUGAAGGACGGCUACUGUCCCUUCGCUGACUUCCAGUGGAAUAACGUAAGGGUGUGCUCCGACACGGCGGAAAAAUACAUCCCUGCCCUGUGCUUCUCCGUGGACAAAUUCUGCUCGCACUUUGGUCACAUGAACAAGCAGCUCCUUCCCCUGCUUGCGGUCAUCAUGGGCAACGACUAUGUCCACCUGCAAGAUAUGGAGGUGUUCUUCAGCCAGGCGAAGCUCCCCGUGGGGACCCUGCCUGGAUCUGGGAAGACCCAGGCCCGAAUUGACGGCCUCCUCCGCUGGCUCUCCAAGUUCGACGGCCCAGAAGAAGCCGUUGAAAAGGUGGUUGAGUACCUUGGCCACAAAGGCCACAGAGGCUCCUUCCGGGAGCUCGUGUCCUCUUCCAUGAAGGAAUACGAGCUGUCCACGAGCAACCUUGCGAAGUUCUUUACGGACGGCGUGCCGGUGUCCAACGUGCCGGAAGUAAUAGCCUGCCUGCCGGACUGGAUCCUGAUGGCCUUGGGGAGAGGGAAGCUCUCCUCGCUGAUCAUCGACGUGCUGGUCCUGGAGAGGGUGCUGCUGCACGUCCAGGUGGAGAACUGCGCGCUGCCCAGCAGCAACCUGUGCUCCCUGCCCAUCCGCCAGGUGCUGUAUGGGCUGCUGCUCACCUGGAAAAGACACCUCUCGGGGGAGAGCGCCCGCGGCUGGAACAAGGUGUGCAAAGACAAGAGCAGCGCGUUGUCUGUGGAGGAGUUCGACAGGCAAGAUUUAAACCUGAGAAGCACUUCAGUUCAAGCUGUUCUACCGAGAUCCCCCGAGCAACUUCUGCUGCACAAGCUGGCGGAGGUGCCCCUAGCAGUUCGUCUUCAGACCCUGCUGGAGACGCUGGGAGUGAAACCCUCUGUUCUGCAGGCCGUCCCCCCCCACCUCAGCCUGCCUGUGUCUGUCACCUGCUAUUGGCUGACUCACUCAAAGCCCCGACCUGAGCAGCAGCACCUGCAGGCCCUGCUGCUGGGCCUGGUCUAUGGAGAACUCUGCAGGUUAGGCAGCGCCGCCUCCUGCCCAGGCGUCCGGGCGCUGCGUGAGAAGCUGCGCAGGCUGCGGGUGUGGAGGGGGGACAGGCAGGGCAUGGACAUGGACGCGGCCCAUGUGUUCAGCCAGUGGCAGGCUGCCCUGCUGACCAGCCACUACCUGAACCAGCUGCUCUGCUGCCCCGUCCCGGAGCCAGACUGCUCAGGGGUUUACAGCGGGACGCUUGUGCACCGGGUGGUCAGGGAGCUGAGGGGUGGGCAGGCUCCGGAGCGGCUGCUGGCGGGGUCCGCCCUGGCCCUGACGACCUUCAGGACCCUGCUGGGGGCCGUGCUGGCCAGCGUGCCCCCAGACUUCUUCUUCAGGAAGAGCAAGAGAAGAGCCAAGAGGCCCCCCCGGCCGCGGGCGGCGCAGACGAAGGGCGAGGCGGGCAGGGGGGGGCCCCCCGCCGCCCGCGACGCAGCCAACAGGUUCUCACUCCUGACGGUCGAGGACGACGAGGACGACGAGGACUGAGCUGCGUUUUUACCCCGUUUUGUACUGUAGCACACAAGGAAACAGUUUCUUAAUACUACCUUUCUCCGGAGUCACGCUGAAACUGUUAUAUUUUUUGUAAAAAUAUUUUGGUAAAAUGCUUUUGGUGCAAAUUUUAUACAUGUAUGUUUUUAUUUUUCUAAGGUGACAUUUUAUCAGCUAACUUGCUUUCAGUCAAAGCAGAGGUGAAUGCCCAAGAACAUCAACACGAGUCUUCAGUUGCUACUGUAUACUGUUCUCGUGACCUACUGCUCAUCCACCUGCAAGUUGUGCAGACAGAUUUUCGAACUGAAGCUGGUAAGUCCUUUAACGGGAAACACAGGUGUUUGUAAUUGAAUUCUUUUGAUAGCAAAACAAAGAUAACUGGUAUGAUGCAAUUAACUGCUCGUCUUUCAGAAGCAUAAAUCGAAUCCAACAUCUCUUCAUACUGCCUAACAAGUGAGAUGUUGCAAAGCCGUAGAAAAUAAGUGUAAUUAAGUGCAAUUGUUCUAAAAAUUAAUAUCAAUAAAAAAGCCCAGCACAGGAAGAAAACUGGCAUAUACUGUUACCAUUGUGAAAAAUGAUGCCAAGCAAAUGUUUCCCAGGUUGUGCAAUAUUUAAUUACUUGUCAAUGUAUAAAGGUAAUAAGGUGCAAAUACUUUUUGAUGAUUAGACAGUUUAUUCAGACCUAAAGAUGAAACAAAUUUAUUUGUUAAGGUCCUGUUUACAGAAAUGAGAGCCGAAUCUUGCAGAGUUGUGGCCAAGAAAGCUCAUUUUGUGCAGUAUAGUUUGGGAAAAUUUAAAUAAUCUACCACACUGUGUACAUCUACCAAUGCCUAUUUUAUAUUGUAUUUUAAUAAUGUAUUAAAAUAUAAAUUAAAAAAAAUCAUUAUUGUCUUCGCUGAAAUGUAAUUAUAUGAAUAACACAUUUGAAUUAAAUACCGAUAC